CGGGUGUGGUGUUGUUUGUCUUUUUGGGCGCUAUUUGGCGGCUGACGUGCGCACUGCUUCGUCCACAUCCAUGAUCAAGUGACUCUGGCUCGGCGCUCAUCCAAGGCAUCUGGUCGUCUCGCACAAUAACAAUAACCAGCGCUGCACCUGUGCCGUCGUGUACUGUUGCGCGCGCGGUCUCGAAUUGUCUGAGAACCACGGCCUGCAGGCACCGUGUCAUACGGCAACCACCACCACUCGGCAGACUGCAUAUCUCACGGCUUGCACCAUCUCCGCCGCCGUCGUCGCCGUCGCCUACUACUCUGGUUGUCGGUUCGUUGCUCUUCGCCGCCCAUGAAACCUACGCACAACGAUGGACUCGGAGGAUGGGCAGCUCUUCGUAAGAAACUUAGCAUACUUCGUUCGAACGCAUGAAAGAGCACUGGCGAACGCGCUGCAGUUGCAGCGCCAAAAGACGAAGCAUGGCAAGGACCAGGUCCCCGUCGAGCGUCCACAGACCUCCGCAGGACCUUCAAACACAAUGACACUGUCCGAAUCGCUGGCGCGCCCUUCGUAUCUCCCCUUCUCGACCUCUACCAACCCCAAACCCGCGAAGCUCGUCCUCACCCCCCACCACCUGUACUAUCUGCUGAGUAUAUUCGAGUCGGAGCUGAACAUCGAUCCUGGCGCCAUGUCAAUACGAUUAGAAAACCUACACAUGGACGCCCCAGCUUCGAGCUACAUGUCGUUUCUCAAUCAUCCGCCGAGGCUGCGGGGGAAGCAGUCAGAUGCGGACUCACUCAGGUCGGUGUCGAGCGUGCGGAGUGUCAUGUCAAGCAUGUCGUCCGUAUGGUCAACCAUCACAGGGCAUAACGCCGCUGCAAAAGAGCAGAAAAUGAAGGCGCAACAUCGUGAUGAUCUCAAGUACUUGUACUCGUGCUUCACUAAAAUCCCAGCCUUGCGGCUGUCGCCAGAUCACAAAGCUCGCCCUAUUGCUGGGUACGAGGAGUUCCCCUUCGACACAGCUGUGCCAUUGUUUGUAUUCAAGAACGUGAGUUCUCUUGAAAUCUGUGAUCUCGACUUUAGAUCGUUCUAUGGCUGGGACAGACUGUCGGAACAGGUGCGAAGCCUUACCGUGAAGAAUGCCAUGCUGGAAGAUCCCAUAGAGCUGCUACGAGACAUUGUGUUGGACGAUAUCGAGAAGAGGCGCAAGCGGUCUUCCAAGACGCAGGUACCUACCACCCCAUCGACAUCUGGGCAAUCGUGGUUCUCAGCCAGUCCGAAGCGUUACUCAGAGCUUGGCACAUCUGUAUCACAGCCGACUCCCCCUUUCACGUUUGGCCGGAGGCCUUCUCUUGGUCCUGCCCUGGCACUGGACCGAGGCGGCUCUUCUGAAGGCAACAAGGCUGCAGGAACGAGGCCGCCGAGCAACUCUCCCCCACGGCCAGCGACCUCGAGGCAUACUUCAAUGAACAAGCCUCGAUCAACGCGGCCAGGCACUGCGAACAUGCGCAGAAACUCAGGCAGCUCAGGCUCAUCUCAACACGAGAUGACGCCGCGCCAUAGCUCCUCCGACCUGUUAGCUAUGGGUAUAUUGCCAUCGUCCAAAUGGCGCUUCCUGCGACAUCUGAGUUUGGCUGACAAUUCACUUACACAUUUGACCGUCAGCAGUCUCGCUCCGGUAGCGAGUACGUUGCAGUCGUUGGACCUGUCCGGCAACCUGUUCUCGGAAGUUCCAGAAGCAUUAGCAAGCCUCACUCACCUGCGUGCGCUCAAUCUGAGCCACUGUAUGAUUGACAGUCUGGGAUCGCUUUCCAGAAACCCACUGCCAGCAAUCACCACGCUCAAUCUUCGAUCGAACAGGUUGCUCUCCCUCGCUGGAAUCGAGCGCCUGCUAUCAUUAGAGAGGGUGGACCUUCGCGAUAACCGCUUACAUGAUCCUUCAGAAUUGGCACGCUUGACCAACAUACCAGAUAUCGUAGACUUGUAUGUCAUCAAGAAUCCGUUCACGAGGACUCACAGCAGUUAUCGGAUCACUAUCUUCAAUCUGUUCAGAUUGGCGCCGGGCUAUGCGCAGGAUGUGACAAUCGACACCAUGGCACCUUUGUACCAUGAGAAGAAGUACCUUGUUGAUCGUGCGCCUGAACCGGCAAACAAACAAAUCAUCAAACCUCCGCCGGAAGAGGACGAGGUGCCUCCGCUACACUCUGUGGUAGAUGUGCCUAUCAAUGCUGGACUUGAACCCAUACCAGAGCCUCCAGCCAACUUGGGCCACCGCCGGUCUCGGUCGGACAUGGGGCCUCCGUCCACGGUGCGGAGAAAGAAAACCCCACGUCGGAGGGUUUUGGAGGCCGCGCGUGUCGAGCCGCAGUCGCCAUCGAAAUCUGACUCGGUGUCCGCCGAGCCUCCAGACCUGACGGAGUUGCCUCCCAUGCCACACACUCCAACCACUGAGAGUGAUCAGCCGUCAACUCCAGAAGCGACACCGUAUCGUACUGCACCCUCGACACAAUUGCCUCAAAUGAAAGUCCCUGUCCGGCCGAAGCUUGACACUGGCUUCACGACACCAACUCCGCCCCCGAUAAUCAGAGAUUGGUCUGACGAUGAUCACUCUCCCAUGCGAUCGCCAGAAGGGCUCGAUCCGUCCUCAGAAAUGUACCGUCAAAAGGUGGAAGCACUGAAGCAUGACUUUGGACCCAAUUGGCUGUCCGCUUUCAACGAGAACAAGCUGACCGAAGACCGCAUGAGGAAUCGAAGUUUCAGCCCAGCGUCUCGAACGUCGCCAGCACGACCGGAUCUUGGCAGAGGUGUCAGUGUCGGCGGCAGGACGCUUGGCUGAGCAAGACGAAAGCAUGUUUGCAACGACCUGUUUUGACAUCAAUUUUGCACUGCGACGGCGUUUUUGAACCAUCUUCACUCGGCAGCGUGCGUGUCUUGCACAACAUUCUAGCCCUGAUGCACAUUUUGCAUGUUCACAGGCCGCAUUUUCAUGAUGCAGUUUAUUUUCUUUUUACUGUUUAUUUUUUUGAAAAAUGGUUUGGAGUGGAUUUCUGCGGCAAAAAUUGGGUCCCUGCAUUCGGGCGGCAUUUCUUGCUGAUUGUGUAGAUGAUGAAGCGUGCGUGUCUCAUGGAGAGGCACAUAGAGACGAGUUGUGUGCUUGUGUGGUAUGAUUGGAAUGCAUCCAUAGCGAGGCGUUUGGGAGAUGAGCGUUUGCUGGCUAUCUGUUGAAGAUAUUAGGUACCGUACUGUGGAAUAAUGAAUGAAUUCUCGCGGAGCACACGAAUGUUUCUCCACGAUCCAAGCAACCAAGAUGCAGCGAAGUCGACGGCAUUGCGGGAUCACAUCAUAUACUAUAUGACCGCAUGC